AUGCUCUUUUCUCGCAGGACAGCUUCCAUAGGGAGUCUGUUCUGGGUCUCCGGUCAGCGUCGCUGUGCCAGUCAAGCGACGACAGGAGCACGAUUGAAUAAGCCUGUAGAAUACAAGAAGACUCCUAUUCUACAUCAGUCACAGAACAGCGCCAGGUCGGCUUUCGGAUUGUCCCAAGAUGCCCCUGUGGAUUGGCAAAACCUGCAUGGCGCCAUCAACACUUCCAUGCAUCAUGCCCUGAAGACGGACGAAAAUGUCCUGCUUUUCGGAGAAGACGUCGCUUUCGGAGGCGUUUUUCGAUGCUCCAAAGGACUUGCCGACGAAUUCGGGGCCAGCCGUGUCUUCAACACUCCUCUAUCAGAGCAAGGUAUUGCGGGCUUCGCCAUCGGUUGCGCAGCGGAGGGCAUGAAACCAAUUGCUGAGAUCCAAUUUGCUGAUUAUGUCUAUCCUGCCUUUGAUCAGCUGGUCAACGAAGCCGCAAAGUUCCGAUAUAGGGAAGGUGGAACGGGUGGUCAUUGUGGCGGUCUUGUGGUUCGCAUGCCGUGUGGAAGUGUUGGCCAUGGUGGACUCUACCACUCGCAAAGUCCGGAGUCGUUAUUUACGCAUAUCCCUGGGUUGCGGGUGGUGAUGCCUCGGUCGCCAUCGCAGGCCAAAGGACUCCUGAUUGCCUCUAUCCUCAACUGCAAUGACCCCGUCAUCUUCAUGGAGCCCAAGAUCCUAUAUCGAGCAUGCGAAGAGUUCGUGCCGCGAGACCCAUACACCCUCCCUCUCGACAAAGCCGAUGUCCUCAAAAAGGGCAAAGAUCUCACCGUCAUUUCAUAUGGCCAGCCGCUCUACCUCUGUUCCGCGGCCAUUGAAGCCCUGGAGAAGGACAUCAAAGGUCUGAGCAUUGAACUCAUCGACCUAAGAGCGAUAUAUCCCUGGGAUCGGCCCACGAUCAUGGAGAGUGUCAACAAGACUGGCCGUGCAGUCGUCGUUCACGAAAGCAUGUAUAAUGCCGGUGUUGGCGCCGAAGUUGCCGCAAGCAUUCAAGAAGGCGCGUUCCUUCGACUGGAGGCGCCCGUGGGCAGAGUCACGGGAUGGAGUACCCAUGCCGGUUUGAUGUUUGAGAAGUUCAACAUCCCCGAUGUAACGAGAAUCUAUGAUACAAUCAAAAAGACCUUGGAGUUCUGA